AUGGCCAACAAGGCAAAACUCGAGGCACUCCUGACUCUGAUCAACACAUCUGCACGAGAUGCCAUUGCGUUGUAUGAGAAGUACGGUGAUGUACCCGCCAUAGACCAGACAGGACCCCACCCCUUGGACAAUGCGGUCGACCAAGUGGCUUUAAAAAGUGCAAUUCGUACUCUUGAAGGUGCUAGUGCCCAAUUAUGUACGACACUUGCCCCACCUUCCCAUACCGCAAUCAAUCUUGUUCAAGUGUAUGAUCAUGCUUGCGUACGAGUAGUUGCUCGGGAAGGUGUUUCGGAUAUUCUUUUGAAGUACCCCAAGGGUAUUCAUGUCAAUAAGCUCUCCAAAAAAAUCAACAUCGAGCCAAAGAAACUGGCCAGAAUAAUGCGCCUACUAGCCACGAAAGGUUGCUACAACGAAGUCGACACGGACGUUUUCGCCAACAACCGACUGUCCCUAAUCCUACUCGACGAGAAUCCUGUCAAACACAUGAUAUUACUUCACGUGGAACUAAUUUCCAAGGGAGCAUCAGUUUUCUAUGAGACGCUCAAGGAUCCGAAGAUCGCCUACUCGUAUGACCCAACGGUUGCACCUGUGAUGUACUCCAUCGACAAAGAUGGAAUCGAAGGAACGGUCUUCGACUGGAUGGCGCGGCAUGACGGUCAACGCGAGUCCUAUCAUGUCUCGAUGAGAUCUCUGAACACCAUUAUGGGCUCCCUCGCUGUCCUGGCUCAUUUCCCAUUCGGAAAGUACUCGACAGUCGUUGAUGUCGGAGGAGUUCAAGCGAGAGACAUCUGGGCGAGAGAUUGCCCUGAAGCCGUGGCAGAAGACAGAGUCGAAUUCGAGGACUUGAACUUCUUCGAGCAAGUGCCCGUCAAGGGUAAAGAUGUCUACUAUCUCAGGAAUAUUAUCCACGACUGGCCUGACAAUGAAUCUGCGCUCAUUCUAUCAAACGUUCGUAAGGCGCUCGGUCCAAACAGUCGGGUCCUCAUCCAUGACUAUGUGCUCCUCCAGCUCAGCCGGAAGCAGGCAGUAAUAGAAGCUUCAGAGCUCGGAACUGCCCCUGAACCUCUUCUUGCAAACUUUGGUGUUGGAAGUAUGCGUUCAUACCAGCAAGACAUGACUAUGUUAUUCGCACACAACGCAAGGGAGCGAACAUUGCAAGAUUCCCUCGCACUCGCCACUGCCGCCGGCCUGAAACUAGAGAAAGUCUGGGACCUUGCCGAAUCAUGCGUCUUGGAGUAUUCUGCCGCAUAAUGUUUCGCGAGCUAAUUCAUGUUUUCAUCCUUUGAUGAUUCAACGAAGAUGAUUCGUGCAGUACUCUACUUUGCUGAAUACAUUUAUUCAUUUUAUUGUCACUUUAGACUGCUUGAUACAUGAGUAUCGGUCACUGACCAAAAUUCCAUCGCUUCCUCAAGUCAGCUAAGAACCCAGUACGGCUUAACCUCAUGGUUCGAGAUAAAUGGAUUCUUUUAUGUAGCUCGCCGCCAUGUUCAUUAGCUGACAGCUCUGUUGUUUCCAAAUCCUCGUCAUAGAAAG